AUGCUCCUCCGGGCGGCGGCCGCCGCCGCCCACCGCCUCCGCUUCAUUUCCCCGGCCCGCCGCAUAUCUUCCUUGAAGGUCCCGUGGCGCCGGGACGCGGUCCUGGACGCGUCCAUCGACCGCGACCGACGCUUCCACCAAGCGUCCCGCCUCGUCCGCGAGGUGCUCCUCUCCCCCGGCCGCCGCCUCCUCCUCCGCUACCUUUCCAAGCGCCGCCAGCGCAUCCGCCUCCCGGUCCACGUCGCAACCUUCCUCCGCCGGUACCCCACGCUCCUCUCCGUUUCCCCUCCCCCCGACCCCGUCGCCUCCCCGUCCCCGCAGCUCGCCUCCUUCCUCGAAUUCGCAUCCCGCCUCCAGGCCGCCCACUCCCCGCUCCUCGCCGCCAGGCUCGCCAAGCUCCUCAUGAUGUCCUCCACGCGCGCGCUGCCGGUCGCAAAGAUUGCUGCUGCCAAGCGCGUCUUCGGCCUCCCGGACGACUUCUUGGUCUCGCUGGUCCCGAGGCACCCCGAUCUCUUCCGCCUCGUCGGCGACCCAGGGCCGGACGCGUCCGGCGACGCGUUCCUGGAGCUCGCCUCCUGGGACGACCGACUCGCGAAGUCCGCGAUUGAAUUGAGGGCGGACAGGGAGGCCGAUGUUGUUGGCAUACGGCCGAGGCCCAACUUUACAGUCAAAUUGCCAAAGGGGUUCUACCUCAAGAAGGAGAUGAGGGAGUGGGUGAGGGAUUGGCUUGAGCUGCCGUAUGUGUCACCAUAUGCCAACACUUUCGGGCUUCACCCGGCAUCACCAGAGGCAGAGAAGAGGUUGAUUGGUGUUUUACAUGAGGUAUUGUCCUUGUCAGUUGAAAGGAGGAUGGCGGUGCCAAUCAUAGGGAAGUUCUGUGAUGAGUUUAGGCUAUCGAAUGCGUUCUCUAACGCGUUCACGAGACACCCGGGGAUAUUCUAUGUUUCAUUGAAGGGUGGCAUUAAGACGGUGAUAUUGAGGGAGGCGUAUGACGAAAAUGGAGAGCUUGUGGAUAGGGAUCCUAUGAUUGAGCUGAAGGAGAGGUUCGUGGCAAUCAUGGAUGAGGGCCAUAAGAAGUAUUUGGAGGAGUUGAGGAGGAGGAAUGAGAUGCUGCAGAAAGAGAGGGCAAAUGCAAUUCACAGGGGUGCCAAAGUUGACACAAAUAUUGAGGAAAGAGAUAUGGAGGGGUCAGAGGAAGAUGAAGUAUAUGAUUAUGCACAAGUAGAAUCAGAAGGAAGAGAGCCAUUGUGA